AUAUGGCAAUGGGUCCCCUUGGUAUCACCUACGACAGGAUUCAGGUUAUUCACUUCCCGCCUCAGAUCCACACAGAGUACCUGACUAUCUUGGCAGGAUUCCCAGACCAAGCCCAAGUUAGCGCCUUCGGAACACUGAUGGUUUUCCAGUGGCAGGUAUGGAUGGCCCUGUUUUUUGGCCUGCUACUAUGCGUGCUCGCAAGUGUGCUGUCAGACGCCGCAAACUACCGAACGAACAAACAGAUACGUGAACUACUCCAGGAAAGCUGGUGGACGUACACGUCGGCAAUGUUCAUGGAGCCGCCGAUGCACACACCCCACAGCACGCCAGGUCGACUUGUGCUUGGCGCAUGGUGGCUGACAAUUGUAGUGCUCAUGAAUGCUUUCACGGGACACAUGAAGGCCACCAUGAUGCUGCUUCCCGAUCCAAAGCGUAUAGACAGCCUUUUGGAUUUGUCCCGUCAGAAAGACAUAACGCCCUUUCUGUGGAAAGGGGGCGCCUACGAAGACCUGCUCAAGGUAAGGCUAUGA